AUGACCAACCCCAAUAAUGCUUUCACUGAACCUAAAGCUAUAAGCCAAGCUUCUUCAUCGUCAGUUACUAUUGUCUCAGCUCGCACGUGCGGUGUCAGUCUCUCUAGCUCUGCCACGUGUGAAAAAUCUUGUCCACUUACUACUAUCACUACUGCUACUGUUUCCUUUGCGGCUGCUACUUCUACAAGUGGUAGUGAUAAUGAUACAUUAAUGGACACUGACUCCGGAUCGACCUCUCGCCGGAAAAAACAUCCGGUUUACCGGGGGAUCCGUUGCCGGAGCGGAAAAUGGGUCUCCGAGAUCCGAGAGCCUAAGAAGACAACACGUGUUUGGCUCGGGACUUAUUCGACGCCUGAGAUGGCUGCCGCUGCCUAUGACGUGGCGGCUUUAGCUCUUAAAGGCGGAAACGUGGUCUUAAAUUUCCCUGAGUCCAUCGGGAGUUACCCUCUUCCGGUUUCAUCUUCGGCAGAUCAUAUCCGAAAGGCUGCGGCUAAGGCGGCUGCUACGGUUGGUGCUGCGGCUGCUGCUAUGAAGGAGGGUGAAAAGAAGGAAGAGACAUAUUGCGACGGGGCGGGAUCUUCAGCUACUGAGUUUGUGGAUGAAGAAGAGCUACUGAACAUGCCUGGUUUGCUAGAGGAUAUGGCCAAGGGGAUGAUGGUGGCUCCGCCGUGGAUGGGAUGUCCUCCAUCCGAUGAUUCUCCGGGGGACUCCGACGGAGAGAGCUUGUGGAGUUAUUGAUUUGUGUUGAAAUCUGUUUGAUUUUGUGUUGAAUGCUUUGUUUACUUCCUUCUUUGCGAAUCAAUUGUAUGUCUUGUUGAAUAAUAAAUCGUAUGUUUCCCACUUUUAUGAUUCAGGAAGACAAAUUCCUCUCAACAGUUUUAAUUAGUCACAUUUGUGAGUUUGGAGUGUUCUUGAAUUAGGGCUCUGGGGCGUUCUUGAAUUUUGGAAUUAGGGUUUUUCUUAGUUGUUUUUUCUUUUCUU